GCGGGGUUCGCCGGUGAAAUAUCCGGAGAAAAGAAAAGGAUGAAGUGGAAGUUCUCCUCCUCGCCCUGUAAACUGCUCCAACAACCGCACUCUCCCCCCUCUCUCUCUCUGGGACCUUCCGACGUUCGAAGAGAGAAAAUGCAGAUUCUAGGCGCCAUUAGCGACGUGCUUGUCGGCGUUCCCUCCUGCGGCGGCCACAGCAAGUACUCCGAGCUCAGACAUCAGCACCUCCCGCUUUCCGAUCACAAGUCCUCCUUCCGCUCCGGCGGAGCUAAUGUCAAGAGAUGCCGAUCAUUUUACAUCCAAAAACUAGGAAGAGGACAUGAUGAGUACAGAGGAAGAGGUUCAAGGCUUAGAGCAUCAAGUGAUGAUGUGGUUUCAGUGGCUCCACUUUCAUUUGAAUCCCCAGUUGGCCAGCUCCUGGCUCAAAUACUGCAGAGUCAUCGGCACUUACUUCUUGCUGCCGCUGAUCAGCAACUUGAGAACCUUCAGACCGAGAGAGAUGCUGAGAAGGAAAAAACUACUUCCUUUGAAGAUCUUCUUUACAAGCGGAUCGCAGAAGUCAAAGAGAAAGAAAGGCGUAUGGCAUUGGAAGAGAUAAUGUACUGCUUAAUCGUGCAGAGAUUUUUGGACAAGGACAUUUCGAUGAUCCCAAAGAUAACUCAGACCUCUGAUCCUGUUGGCCGUGUUGAUUUUUGGCCUAACCAGGAACAGAAAUUGGAGUCUGUGCACUCUCCUGAAGCUUCUGAAAUGAUCCAGAGCCACUUAUCCCUCGUGCUCGGGGAUCGAAUGGUUGGUCCCCUAGAUAGUAUCAUCCAGAGUAGCAAGAUCAAACUAGGGAAGCUGUAUGCUGCUUCUAUCAUGUAUGGAUAUUUCCUCAGAAGAGUUGAUGAACGAUUUCAACUGGAGAGGACGAUGAAAACUCUUCCCAAGGAUCUACCUAAGGAUGGGGCAAGUUUUGAUGAUCCAGUGCCUAUGAACCCACUUUGGGACCCCGAUUCUCUGAUCAGAAUCUACCCUGAUGAUGAUGGGGAUAGUCCCAUCGAUGAAGGUGAUGGCAAAUCUUACAGACUGAGAUCAUAUGUGAUGUACUUGGAUGCAGAGACACUUCAGAGAUACGCGACUAUAAGAUCGAAGGAAGCUAUUUCUCUGAUAGAAAAGCAAACACAGGCAUUAUUUGGAAGGCCUGAUAUACGGCUUGCAGAAGAUGGGACAAUUGAUACAUCGAAUGACGAAAUAGUUGCGCUUACUUUCUCUGGUUUGACAAUGUUAAUUUUGGAGGCAGUUGCAUUCGGGUCAUUCUUGUGGGACACAGAAAGCUACGUUGAGUCAAAGUACCAUUUCCUCAAUAGCUAGAAUCAACAUUCUUCUUAAGGAUUAGAUGCGGUGAAAGUAUGUUGCGAUCUCUGUAAAUUGUUAUGAGGGUAAUCUUUCUUAAUGAGUGCUCCAACAGUGAAGCAAGUGAAGCAGUUGAAAAAUCAACAAUCUUUAUGCUCGUAUCACAUCAUAGAGUAGACAGCACUGGGGGAAGCGGGUUCAGUGCUAGCCCGUAACUGAGCAACUUUCCGCUGCUUGUCCGAGAACUCUUUGAGUUCAGGUAAUCUUGCCUCUUUCUAGAUGAUUGCUCACUCUUCCGUAUGCUUUGAAAGCUAGGGCUCACUUUUAUAUAGACAAGUACAGCCACAUUGUGAGACAUGCCGCAUGAUACGAGCCAAGGACUCUGCAAUUUUUCUAUUGAGAUUGAACAUUUAGUUAAGCUCUGCGCCUCCCGAUUCAUGCUAGCGAACUCUCUCCAUGUUCGGUUGCAAGGAAGCUUCUAACUGCAAACGCGCGUUCAUCAUUAUUGGUUAUCAAGAUUAAUACCGACCCGUGAAAGCUGCAAUGGAUGCGGCUUGAAAUCGACAAGUUUUUCUUCUUUUUGCAAGGAAAAGGAGUCAUUAUUUGAUGGCAUCAUAAUAAUGAUUGAUUGUUUGGGACCUAGUCCAUAAUGAUGCUUGUGAUUGAAGUU